CGUUCGUUCGGUGCGUUGAACAGUGACGUUGCGUUACGCACUUCCGAUCGUUUUUCUAUUGCUACAUUGUUGUUAGGUUUGCAACAUAUCUGUUGUGAAUUGCUGAAACGAUACACAAGGUUACGUCAGAACUUGAUAUUUUAUAGACAAUUCUUGUCCCUUUUCUCGAGGCUGAGUAGAGAAUUGCGAAAAUUGAUUUUAUCUUAUUUAUAACCAUUGUGAUACCGAGAGUGUGUAGAAGUUGAGGUAAACAGUAGUUCAUUAUAUGAUUACAGUAGAGUACGUUAUAUAAAUGCUAAGUAACAUUCAACUACUAUAUCCACUGAAUCUGAAAAUUAAAUAUCGAGUUUAGUUCUAGAUAUCAUCAUCGAUAAUACUUAAAAAGUUGGGGAGUCGUCAAAAGUGAUGUCAAAAUGGAAUCGAAUGGAAACAAUGCGAGAUAAUUGUCAAUGCUAGAAUAAAUCACGUUUUCAUAAGUCACGUUUUAAUCACGUUUUAAUUCUAUAUUCUCAGGCCUUUUAUAUCAUCAUGAUAUGAUAUGCAGGGUCAUCCCACAGACCUCGAAUGUCAAGAAACAAAGAUAAGGGGGGAUGGAUCGAAGCAUGCUAAAAUCAGACCGAAGCACAAUUAUCUUAAAAUACCCCGUCUUGAAGUCCUUCCUAGCUGGGUCAUUCUCCGGAACAUUUUCUACGAUACUAUUUCAACCCUUGGAUUUAGUAAAGACAAGACUUCAGAGUAGAGUAAAUGUACACAUCGGACCGACCAAGAAUGGAACUCUGUCGAUUAUUGCUCAAAUUGUGAGAAACGAAAGAGUCUUCGGACUAUGGAGGGGCAUGACACCGUCCAUAACCAGGGUUGUACCUGGCGUGGGACUUUAUUUUUCUUCGCUACACUGGCUGAAACAUACAUUAUACCUCGAAGAACCUCUUACGUCUCUCCAAGCUGUGUCACUAGGCCUUGCAGCACGAACAAUGUCAGGAGUCUUACUUAUUCCAAUUACGGUUGUGAAGACACGAUUCGAGAGUGGUGUCUACAAAUAUAACAGCGUAGGAGAAGCUCUUCACUUGAUUUAUAAGUACGAAGGUCUGCGAGGUCUUGCCAGUGGGCUCAUACCAACUUUACUUCGAGAUGCUCCAUUCAGUGGUCUUUAUCUCAUGUUCUACACGCGACUAAAGAGAACGGUAGCUACAGAUUUCCCUCGCUCGAAUGGAACGGCCACGACUCACUUCGGUUGUGGAAUUUUAGCAGGAAUUCUCGCUUCGGUUGUGACACACCCUGCAGAUGUUGUCAAAACAAAAAUGCAACUAUACCCCAGUGAGUUUAAAAGGGUAUCCACUGCUUUCGUCAUGGUAUACAAGAAAUAUGGACUCUUUGGUUACUUCAAAGGAAUUGUACCUCGAAUGCUCAGAAGAACGCUGAUGAGUGCCAUGGCUUGGACUGUCUACGAGGAGAUCACGAGAAAUAUGGGACUGAAGUGAUCGGCCCUGUUUCAACAGAGCUCAAUUUUGUACAGUAUUGGAAGCAACUAAUCGACGCCUCUUUAGACUGCCUCGAAAUGUAUUAUUAUGUUACUGUUAGAGAUCUAUUUAUUAAUUACAUUAUAUGAAAAUGUG